AUGGCACCAAGAUUUAUUCGAGAGCUCAUCCCACGUCGCGAGAAUCGUGCCCCUUUUUGUGCUGUAGUUGUUGCGCUUAAAAGCCUCACCUUGAUGCAGUGGGUUCUGUUCUGGUCUGGCUGGCUUGCCUGGACAUGCGACGCCAUCGAUUUCUUCGCGGUAUCGCUAACGGUACCGCUCUUGUCUAAACAAUUUGGAAAGUCAACGAGUGCGAUUACGACCGCGUUGACGUUAACUCUCUUAUUCCGAUCAGUCGGUGCCAUGAUAUUUGGUAUCGUAUCUGACCGGUUUGGCCGCAAGUGGCCACUGGUUGUUAAUCUCAUUAUUUGUUCUGCUCUUGAACUGGGAACUGGCUUUGUCAACACUUUUUCGCAAUUCCUCGCCGUUCGUGCACUAUUUGGUAUUGCUAUGGGUGGAAUCUGGGGGCUUUCAUCGUCCUCAGCUCUUGAGAACUUGCCUGUUGAGCUUCGUGGGCUUGCAAGCGGGAUCUUGCAGGAAGGCUAUGUUGUCGGAUCCCUGCUUGCAGCCGUUAUCAAUCUGACCUUGGUAGCCAAGCACACAUGGCGGGUGAUUUUCUGGACUGGAGCAGGCAUCACCUUCUUCGCCGCGGUUAUCCGCGCUCUUGUUCCUGAGAGCGCGUUCUUCUCGCGUACCAAGGAACAAGGGAAUGCAAAUGGUACUAAUACCUCGCAGAAAACCAAGAUUUUCAUUAGGGAAACGAAGGAUAUGCUUGAGCGUCACUGGCUUUUAUGCAUUUACGCAGUGCUCUUAAUGACAGUGCUUAAUUUCAUGGCUCAUGGUUCACAGGAUCUGUAUCCCACGUACCUCGAGACCACCAAGGGUUUCACUGCUCACAGCGCGAGUAUCGCGACCAUUAUUAGCAACUGCGGUGCUGUUGUCGGCGGUGCUAUUGGCGGAUGGGCAAGCCAGUACAUUGGACGCCGCCUGACGAUCGUAAUUUUCGUGCUUCUCGUCGGAGCGUUCAUUCCAUUAUGGGUUCUACCCUCCUCGUUCUCUGCCCUUUCUGUCGGAGCGUUCUGCUUUCAACUCGGUGUUCAGGGCGCCUGGGGCGUCAUCCCGAUCCAACUGGCCGAGAUGUCCCCACCAGCAUUCAGAGCAACAUUCCCUGGUGUUGUUUACCAGCUCGGUAAUAUGGUAUCGUCAGCAUCAGCACAGAUUGAAGCCACUGGCGGUAACCACUUUAAGACGACCAUAAUUGAGGAUGGAGUUCCCACUGUGGUUCCAGACUAUGCAACGGUGCAAGCCAUCUUUAUUGGUGCUGUUGUUGCACUCGCGGUUAUCAUCACGAUCAUUGGACCUGAAAACCACAGUUCUCAUUUCGAGAAGGCCGAUGCCGCUUUUGAAGGGGAAGAUAAGGUUAUAUCGGAUAAUCCAUCGCAAGUGUCAUAUGGUGAAGCCGACGAGAAGAGCCGCGCUUAA